UUUCUCCCGCGGCCUGCCCUCCGCUUCCUCCCGUCCUCCCCGGCUCCCCGGCCUCGCGCUCCUCCCCGUCCACUCCUCCCCGCGCCCCCCGCGCCCCAACGUGGAUUGAUUCCGCGUUUCUUUUUCUGUUUCUCUCCAGCCUUUCCUCUCCCGCUGUGCGCCUGCCCGCCUCUCGCUGUCCCUUCUCUCUCUCCGCCCGACGCUUCGGACCCCCCCGUUUCCACUUCCCACUGUCUCUCUCGCUGUCUCUGCCCCCGACUCUAUCCUGGACACAACAGCUGACCUCAAUUCCCGACGCCUUUUCCCCCCCUAAAAGAAAAAUCAGUACAACAUCUGGCCCGCCCCGGCCCGAAGACAUCCCGCCCUCCCCCCCUUUUUUUUGAGACAAAAAAUAGACAAAAAAAAAAAAAAAAGAGUAAGACCAGAAGAGUGUCCUCCACCCCCCCCAAACUAAGCCGUCCCUCCGUUCUGGUCGGGUCGCCCAUUCGGCCCCCCGCGACUGGCCCGAGCGGCGCAGGCAGAGGAGUCCCGGCAGGAGGGCCCACGCCCGCUGCACGGUUUGCAAAAAUCACGCAGCAGGGAAGUGGGUCGCGGUGGUGCCGGCUUUCAGCGUCCGAUGGGGGUCCCGAUGGGGAAGUCGAUGCUGGCGUUGCUCGCUUUCUGGGCCUUGGCCUUGUGCUGCUAUGCUGCUCAGCGCCCCAGUGAGACCCUGUGCGGCGGGGAGCUGGUGGACACCCUGCAGUUCGUCUGCGGGGACCGCGGCUUCUAUUUCAGCAGGCCCGCGAGUCGCGUGAGCCGCCGCAGCCGUGGCAUCGUGGAGGAGUGCUGCUUCCGCAGCUGCGACCUGACGCUUCUGGAAAUCUAUUGCGCCACCCCCGCCAAGUCCGAGAGGGACGUGUCCACCCCUUCGGCCGUGCUUCCGGACAACUCCCCCAGAUACCCCGUGGGCCAAUUUUUCAAGCACACCGGCUGGCAGCAGUCCGCUCAGCGUCUGCGCAGAAGUCUGCCUGCCCUCCUGCGCGCCCGCCGAGGCCGUCUGCUUGCCCAGGAACUGGAAGAGCUCAGGGGAGCCCAGCGACAUCUUCCCCUGAAGGCCACCCGCAGCACCCAGGACCCCGCAGCCCACGGGGCCACCUCGCCCGAGGUGUCGACCCACCCGAAAUCAGCCAAAUUCUCGUAAUUCUGCGCCAUGACAACGCGCGCCUCUUGUCCGGGACCAGACCACCAGGUCCCUCCCCCUCUGUUGUUUUUUCUCUCUCGCUCCUGAAACCUCCCAGCCCGCGGCCUCCUCGGGGUGCCCCCGACCUGGCCCCCGUGCCCCAACCUCCCCACGUCAGGCUCCUGUUGUCCCUGCCCCUCGUGGGCCUGUGAAUUGAGAGUAACAUCUUCCAAAACAAAUAGAACUGAUUGGCCUCCCUCCAAAAAAGACUUAACAAUGCCUCUUCUCCCCCCCCCAAAAAAAAAAAAACCCAACACACCCCUAAAGCAAAUGCGUGAGCCCUAAAUU